AUGGCCGACUCCGAAACCUCUAGCCUGCAGACCAGCAGGUCACGUCGUGCCUGGACCGUCUCCGCGGAGUCGGAAGCGAUGGAGAGCUCUAGUCGGAGUAACGGCCAUUCAUCCAUCGAUUCCAGCUCCGAACGACCCAAAACAUCGGCCGGAGAAGUGCUAGAUUCCGCCAAGGCUGGACCUAGUGGUAUCUCCAAGCUCCUUAAAGCGCGACGGAGGCGGAAGAAGAACAAUCAGACAUCUGCGGACGCGCCGCCCGUACCGGGGAUUGUCACUGAGGAGGAUCUCCAACAAAGCCGAUCGAACGAGUCCCGCGACGACAAUUCGGCCAUACCUUCAUCCAACAACAGUUUCGCCCUGCCAGAGGGCGAAGUCAUCAAUUUACUGACCGACGAUUCCGAACCCGACAGAACUCCGCCCUUGACCUCUCAUAACUCACAUACGGGAUUCUACACCUCCUCAUCCCCCUUCUUCACGACCAAAUCCGUGGACGCCCCUGAUUCUGAAGGAGUUCAUGCCGACGCCGAAUCCGCUGUGACUGGUCUUAGUGCGACUGGAUCAGAAUCGGCUACCAGCGAUGAUCCUCCGAGGCCAGGCACUCAAUCAAGCAUGACCUUGGAUGUCCCGGCAGACACCAAUGGCAGGCGUCGGAGUGCUUCGCCUUCGCCGGGGAGACGCUUGAAAGAUGCCUUCAGCUCGGACAAGAAAAGUUCGAACGCGAGCGACGACGCGGACCGAGCAUCAUCCAAAUCGGGAGGUAGCAAAGGCGGGAGGAGUAUAUUUGGCAGCAGACGCAAUAGUCUGGCAUCAAAACGAGCUCAAGCAGCCCCAGAAGAAGCUCCUCGGCCCCUACCGGCUCCUAUUCGUACGGAUCUAGCUGAGAAGAACCCUCGUUCUCUCGAGGCAAGCCCGCUGCCGAAUACGCCUCCGCAUACCGCCAGCCCAGCCCCGGCUACGACUGUAACCCCUCCAACACCGACCGAACACCGACCGCUCGAUAACCAAAUCCUGUCCGGUGAAGUAACGGAUUCGCCGGAGUCGAUCAAAUCUCGAAAUUCUAUAUCCUCUCCAGGGGUCACUACUGUGAGUCCCUCUGGAAAUAUGAUUUCGCAUCGGCGGGUGCGCUCAGCCUCUGCGGCUCAUGGCCCAAGCAAGUUAUCGAAUGUAACAGCAUUGAGCCCACUGGAUGAAGGAAAGUCACUCAAGAGCUCGCCGAAUCAACCAAGUGGCUUUUUUUCUUCUGUGUUCUCUGUCGCCCAAAAUGCGGCAUCCUCCAUAAGCAACACGCUCAACAACCAACAGAGAAGUCGAACAAUCUCUUCAACCGGAGCUGCAGCCCCCGAAGAGACUUCUGCUGAAGGCAAUCCCGAGGGUCUCGAUGGUACUUCCAAUGGGAGUAAGGGUGAAGACGGGAAACCAUCUGCUGUGCAAACUCUCGGGGCUGGUGAUCUGAAUUUCAGUCACCUGGACAUUGACGCGCCCCCCGGCGAGGUUAUCACCACCACUGAUGGCGUUGUUGUCACCAAGCCCGCAACUCCAGUUGACAAGCGCAAGAAUGCAGCGGUCCAGCGGCGAGACGAGGAUUCUGCAAAGCUUGAGGACCAGCACGCAGCACGUGCCAUUCACAUGGCUUACGAAAAGCCCACUGACUUGUCUGCCGUUGGUUCCCCUGGAGAUGACGCCUUGGAUAUCCAGUCUACUGCUUCUCUUCCUAAAGAUGGCACUAUCACUGGGGACCAUACCCCUCCCACUGGCAGUAUCAUUGAUGGCGAUAUUGGGAGUGGUAUCAAGCGGAGUGGAAGUGUGCGCAGUCGGCUUGCGCGCCGCCACCGAGGUUCGUCCGGGGCCACUGCCUCAACAAUUGGUGCCAUCGGGGCCAGCGCUCUGGCUCUCGGUGUUCCUGGUGUUAACUCCAGUGUACCUCGGCUGACUGGCUUCGCUGUGGCAAGCAAGAAACGCAACAGGGACUUCCAUCAACUGUUCCGAAGUGUCCCAGAGGACGACUAUCUGAUCGAAGACUACAGCUGCGCGUUACAGCGUGAAAUCAUUCUCGCUGGUCGUAUCUACGUCUCCGAGGGCCACAUUUGUUUCUCCAGUAAUAUCCUAGGAUGGGUAACGACUCUUGUCAUCAGUUUUGAUGAAGUCGUGGCCGUCGAGAAAGAAAAUACCGCAAUGGUUUUCCCCAAUGCGAUUGCUAUUCAGACCUUGCAUGCUCGUCAUACCUUCCGCAGCUUGCUGAGCCGGGAAUCCACAUACGAUCUGAUGGUCAACAUCUGGAAGAUCAACCAUCCGUCGAUCAAGAGUUCCGUCAAUGGGACUCGGGUCACCAACUCUACUGGUGACAAGACCGAGAAGGUUGGAGACGGAGAGAGUGACUCCGAAAGCGUGGUCUCCGAUGAAGACGAAGUUUACGACGAGGAUGAAGAAGGGAACGCUGCCGACAGUUUCUUCGAGGCCGGGGCUAGCGCAAACGUUAGUGAAAAGUCACUGCCCGGCCGAGCAGGUCUGAGCCGGCAACCCUCGGGCUUGUCCACAAAUGCAAUGGUCUCUGGUUCCGGGCCAAACACCAAUGGCGAUACCAAGAAUGGCGACAAAUCCGUGACUUCCAAAGAACCAGACUUCCCUGGACCGUCCACACACGCUCCCACCGAAUAUACGGACCCCAAUGGUCAAUAUGAAAAGGUCAUCAAGGAUGAAACCAUCCCGGCACCGCUCGGAAAGGUCUACUCCUUAGUAUUUGGGCCUGCGUCGGGAGAGUUCAUGACCAAAUUUCUCGUGGACGACCAGAAAUCGGGCGAGCUUCAGUUUGAAGGAACGGCCAAGGGCCUGACCAGCGAGAGCCGGAUCAGAAAGUAUUCCUACAUCAAACCUCUCAAUGGCUCGAUUGGUCCCAAGCAGACCAAGUGUAUCAGUACUGAGAACCUGGACUUUUUGGACUUGGAGAAGGCAGUCCUUGUCACGCUGAGUACCCAGACCCCCGACGUGCCCAGUGGUAAUGUGUUUGCCACAAAAACCAAGUAUCUCUUUACUUGGGCUCCUGGCAACCAAACCCGUUUCCUCAUGACGUGUACGAUAGAGUGGUCGGGUAAGAGUUGGUUGAAAGGUCCUAUUGAAAAAGGUGCAAUUGACGGCCAGACGACAUUUGGUAACGACCUGGUCAAGGCUCUGAAGAUCGGUGUUGUUCCUCGUGGGCGCACCGCUGGCGCUGGACGCGCCAAGGGUCGUCGCAAGAAGGGCGACGCUGCCACUCGUGAUGCGUCUGCGGCUGCUGGUCACAAAAAAUCUGCGGAUUCUGGCUCGGGACAAGCUGAGUCUUGGGGUCUCUUUGAACCGGCUCGCCCGAUUCUGGAGCCCGUCACCAGCAUGCUCAAGCCGCUUUGGAGUGGCAAUGUUGUGAUUCUAAUCAUCGGUCUGCUACUAUACAUGGUGUUCUUCCGGACACCUUCUAGUUCAUCCACCCUGUCUCGCGACGCGAGCCUUUCCGGUCUCAGUCUACCUCAGCGUCUGGCCGCUUAUGACGAAAUGUGGCGACGUGAGGAAAGUGAGCUCUGGAACUGGCUGGAAGACCGCGUCGGAAUGGAUGGCAUGGUUUUCCCAACGCUGCAUCACCGUAUGCCAGAGGCCCACCCGAGCCGCAAGUCUUCCCGAGUCAAUGCGGCUGAUGAGCGUGAUCUUAUUGAUCGACUGCGUGAGGAAAAGGUUUCGGAACGAGAGAUGGAUCAUGCACUUCGGACGACACGCCAACGGCUUGAUAUCCUUGAGGAAAUGAUGAACAAGCGCAAGGUGCAGCCAAAUCCCGACGAUGAGCCUGUCCGCACUGAGCUCUGA